GGCGGCGCUUCCGGGUUGCGGCGGCGGUGGCGGCGCAGAGGCGGAGGCGGAGGCGGGGGUGGAGAGGGCCCUGCGGCGGGAGCGGAGCUGAGGGUCGGGGCGGGCCGCCGGGUGGGUGGCGACGAUCCGGGCUCUCCCGGGCCCGCCGUCCGUGGUUGCGGGCCCCGCGGCCCUGCCCACCCCUCCCCAGCCUGCCGGCUCCCGGUCCGGCCCGGAGGCCCGAAGGGGCGUCUCCCGCGCCCGCCCCCAGCCCCGCGGGUCCCGCGCAGCGCCCGGCGGCCGCCAGAGCACCCCGUGCCGCCCUCCCGGCAGGCCCGUGCGCCCUGCGUUGCCGCCUCAUUGCAGCCGCCCCGGCGUUCCCUCCUCCACGUGCGCAAUGCUUCCUGGCUUCUAAGGAAAAUGGCAGAAACCCCAGCCGAGGCCUCCGGGCGGCUUGUGCUGCACUCAGACGCUCACAGUGAGGUUGUGCUGGCCAGGUUUGAGGAUCAGAGGAGGAAAGGCUUCCUCUGUGACAUUACUUUAAUCGUGGAGAACGUGCAUUUCCGGGCCCACAAAGCCUUGCUUGCUGCCAGUAGUGAAUACUUCUCAGUGAUGUUUGCCGAGGAGGCGGAGAUCGGUCAGUCCAUUUAUAUGCUGGAAGGCAUGGUGGCCGACACGUUUGGUGUCCUGCUGGAAUUUAUCUACACGGGUUGUCUCCAGGCCAGUGAGAAAAGUACAGAACAAAUCCUGGCUACCGCUCAGUUCCUGAAAAUACACGACCUGAUAAAGGCUUACGCGGACUUUGAGAAUAAUCAUUGUUCCCCAAAGCCGACAACUUUGAACACGGCGGGUGCCCCAGUGGUUGUUAUUUCUAAUAGGACAAAUGAUCCCCCAAAGCGGAAACGGGGAAGACCUCGGAAAGUCAGGAGUUUGCAGGAGGGGAGAUCGGAAUUGGCCGCCGAGGAGGACAUGCAGCUGAGAGUGAACAAUUCAGUUCAGAAUAGACAAAACUUUGUGGCCCAGGAGGGAGACAGUGGCCUGCUGAAUGACCAGCUGCCAGGGAAAGAAGUGGAAGAAUCUGUGUCUGCCGGUGAGCCAGGCAGAGCGGAGGAAAUGCCGGCUGAAAAAGACGAGAACUCUGAUCCUAAGACCCAGGAGGGCCAGGAGGGCCAGAGUCGGUGCGGCAAGCGGAGGCUGCGGAGGUCCAUCAAGCUCAAAGACUACAAACUUGUUGGGGAUGAAGAUGACCAGGGUUCAGCCAAGAGGGUCUGUGGAAGGAGGAAGCGCCCUGGCGGCCCCGAGGCCUGUUGUAAAGACUGUGGCAAAGUGUUUAAGUACAGCCACUUUUUAGCCGUCCACCAGAGGAGCCACACAGGGGAGCGACCUUUCAAGUGUAAUGAGUGUGGGAAGGGCUUUGCCCAGAAGCACUCGCUGCAGGUCCACGCCAGGAUGCACACAGGCGAGCGGCCGUACGCCUGCACCGUGUGCAGCAAGGCGCUCACCACCAAGCACUCGCUGCUGGAGCACAUGAGCCUGCACUCAGGACAGAAGUCUUUCACCUGUGAUCAGUGCGGAAAAUAUUUCAGCCAGAAAAGACAACUAAAGAGCCAUUACCGAGUUCACACAGGCCGCUCACUGCCGGAGUGCGCUCACUGCCAUCGCAAGUUCAUGGAUGCGUCACAGCUGAGGAAGCACCUGCGAACCCACACAGGUGAGAAGCCCUUCACUUGUGAAAUCUGUGGCAAAUCUUUCACGGCCAAGAGUUCUCUGCAGACCCACAUCAGGAUCCAUCGGGGAGAGAAGCCGUACUCCUGCGGUAUAUGCGGCAAAUCCUUCUCCGACUCCAGCGCCAAGAGGAGGCACUGCAUUCUGCACACGGGCAAGAAGCCCUUCUGCUGCCCCGAGUGCAGCCUGCAGUUCGCCCGCCUGGACAACCUGAAGGCCCACCUGAAGGUCCACAGCAAAGAGCAGCACGCGGCAGACGCCGGCAGCGCUUCCGGCAGCAGCAGCACUGACGAGGUCGGGAACAUUCUUCAGCUGCAGCCGUACCAGCUGUCCGCGCCCGGGGAGCAGGAGAUCCAGCUGCUCGUGACCGGUUCCGUCCACGACAUCAGUUUCGUGCCUGGUCCCAGCCAGGGAAUCAGCAUCGUCGCCGCAGAGAGCUCCCCGGGCGUGACCGCGGCCCCCGCGGCCGGCCUCACCCUGCUCACGCCGCAGCCGGAGCAGCUGCGGGGUCUGAUCCUGUCGGCUCAGCAGGAGCGAACGGAGCACAUUCAGAGCCUCGGUGCGAUGGGGGGCCCGAUGGGGCCCUCACAGGCCGAGCCGGUGCACGUGAUCGCGCUCCCCGAGGACACCCGACAUCUUCUCGCCCAUCAAGAACGAGCAGGGGCUCCAGCUGGCUGCUGCCUCGGGCCCGGUUCAGCAGCUGCCACUGCCGCAGGCGCCCACUGCCCCGCCAGCCCCCCACCCGGGGCCCCAGCCUGCACCCCUCGGCCAGGAGCCCAGCUGAGCACGCCGUGUCCCACGGCCACGUGAAGCCAGCCGUCUGCAACGUGCUCACUGUCCUGGAGACGCGACAGUGCCUCCUCCCGGCCACACGCGCGUGUCCACGUCCUGCCCCUGCGGUGUUGGGACGAAGCGUCUCAGCGUGGAUGGAUGGGUUCCCUUCCCACCCGCUGCAUCUCUUAGGAGAGACGUGGGUGAAUCUUCCUUGGGGGCCCUGAUGCGGACUUUGGGUAAGGAUUAAAUGCCCACAGCAUGGGCUUUGGUCUUGCUGACCUUUCCGGUUACAUUUUUUAUUUCAGAACAAAGGAAAUCAUGUUGGGUGAGUGGAGCAGAAAGGUUAGUCUGCUGUCAGCCUCUUCAGCAGCGCGAGUCUGGGGAGUUGUCAGUAACUUCAGUCUCCUAAGACGGAGGAAGUCACUCAGCAUUUCCUCUUUGUGAGGGACAGGAGGGUCCUAGUGCCGUGUAGCAGGUAGAUUCAAAGACAUGUGAACUACAUACUAUUUUAACUCAGAAUUUAUAUGACAAGAAACCAUAAGCAUAGAAUUAUUUUUUAAAUUCUGAACUCAGCUUUUUUUCUGAGAAACAUGGAUUUACAUAUAUUUUUUAAAAGCAGGUCAUUGAAAAUUUAAAUAUCUGAUUAAAGUACAUAAUUGGCUCAAGACACCACGAAUGAAUUGUGAAUCUCCAUCAGCGACGACACUUGAUCUUCCUGAUGUAGUUGAGGCUUUCUCAAUUAUCUUGGAAUAUAAAAUUUUAUUCAGUGUAAUUUAAAGUGUCAAAUACUCUAUUGAAUUCUAAGUGAUCUCUGAAAACUUUGAUCUGUGUGUUGUGUCUAAUAACUUUCUGGAGAUGGGACCUUAUAAACUUUUUGGGAAGUAGGUUAAAUUCCACAAACUUGACAAGGCAAUUUCAAAAGUAAAUACCUUCUAGUCUCAAAAAUAAUUUGAGCCUCGGAGACUUAGUAGCCAGCAUGUGUCUGCAGAUGGAUGAAUUUUAAAUAAUGGUCAAAAGAUAAUGCUAUGUUUGAGUUAAGUUUUCAACUCCAGCAUAUUUUAUUGAAUAGUUGGCUUUCUGUCAAACUGGUAGAGGAUAUUUGAGAAAAGAAGGUAAGUACUAGUAUUUAAAAAUUACUCUAACACUGGUGGAAUGUAGAGGUGGCUGACCCCAAAAUUGACAGGAUUGGCACAUCAGUUACUUUCAUAUUUUAGAGUCUUUGUUUUCUACCAGAACCAAGUAACUUUUAUGGAGGUUCAGGUAAUAGAGAAUUCUUCAGGUUUGAGAGGAAGUGAAAGCAUUUUUUUUUUUUUUACAUAUUUGCCAAGUUAUAUUUUAUUGUAUAUAAUUCACAAGAUUUCCCAUCUUAUCUGUCAACUGAGAAAAAGUUCAGUCAGGCCUCAGCAGGGCCAAGAUAAAGGCUUUACAAAUGCAGUUUGACCGGGGUGUUGUUUCAGGUUCUUGAUUUAGUCAUUCGAACUUUAUUGUAACCUUAGUCUUAAAAUGCAAAGUGUUUACUACCUUUUCAGAACUUACAGGCCCACAUUUCCUCCAGAAGAUACAUAGUAUAAAAGUAAGUUUUUAACUGCUGGCUCUGGAUAGCUGGAUAAUUUUUCAGGAAAUAGGGUGACUUAACUCUAAGUUAAGUGUAACUGGCUUUAUGACAGCCUACCUCUGCUAUGGAAGAGAAAUGUAAAAUGAGCCACAUAAGUAAUUUUACAUUUUCUGGUAGCCACAGUAACAAUGUAAAAAGAAAGAGGUAUAAUUAAUUUUAAUAAAAGAGUUUAUUAACACAGCAUUUGCCAAAUACUAUUUCAACUUGCAAGCAAAAUAAAAAUUAAGAUGUUUUACAUUCUUUUUCUCAUA